GUAAUCCCAGGCACACACUGCAGAAUGUCGUUUCCAGUUGUAUACACUUGGCCGCUACAACUCCUUCCUGACGCAGCAGGCCCCCGGCCUAAGGAAAAAGACUCUCCAGGCUAGCUGAGCAGCUUUCCUGCCCGCGCAGGCGCAUUAGGCUUCUCAGAGACGCCCUAUCCCCGCGCCAAUUGGUUAUCGCUAUGACUGACGAAGGAACAGACGCAGGCGUACUCUGCCAGGCCAGAGGUCUGUGGUCUCCUUUCUGAAACGCCCCUCCCUUCCAUAAGCUUAUUGGCUAUACCUUGUGCCUGACAGAGAGAAAAGCCAAUGGAAGGGGUAUUCUCUGGAAAGGGGGCGGGACCAACAAGUCAAAUUUGCGCGGGUUUGGACCUGGAGUAGUCAUGGCGGCCUUCCGCGACAUAGAGGAGGUGAGCCAGGGGCUCCUUAGCCUGUUGGCUGCCAACCGCGCCGAGACACAGCAGCGACGACUGCUGGGGCGCUACGAGCAGGUGGUGCAGCGGUUGCUGGAGACGCAAGACUGCGCUGAGCAGCAGCUGCGAGAGAUCCUCACCACAGAGCAAGAAGUGGCCCAAAGCCUUCUGGACACGAAGGAGCAGGCACAGCAGGGAAGCACAGAGCUACAUCAGCUGGAAGCUGAGGUUCAGAAGGCAGGAGAGGAGGAUGCUGCGCUGAAGGCCAGCCUCCUCCAGCUCACCAGGGAGCUAGAGGAGCUCAAGGAGAUUGAAGCAGAUCUCGAAAGACAGGAGAAAGAAGUUGAUGAAGAUACAACAGUCACAAUCCCUUCUGCUGUGUAUGUGGCUCAACUUUAUCACCAAGUUAGUAAAAUUGAGUGGGAUUAUGAGUCUGAGUCAGGGAUGAUCAAAGGCAUCCAUUAUGGUCCUAGCAUUGUGCAGCCCAUCCACCUGGAUAGCAACCAGCUCUCUAAGAAGUUCAUCAGUGACUUUCUCUGGAACAUGGUGGACACACAGUGGUAACCAGGAGUGUCCCGCCCCUGUCUUACAUAUAGCGGGAAUCUGCCAUCAUGGCAUCAGUUUGAAAUGAAAAGUUUAUACAUAAAUGGAUUUUGUUUUUGUUGUUGUUUUUUAAACUGGAUUUAUUUUUCUUUUGAUUUUGGCCUCAGGUCCUGGACUGGCUUCUACCUGGUAACUACAGGGAAUAGACUUAGCCUUGCUAAGCCUGUCACAUCACAUCUGUGAUAACCAUAGUAUUCGAUCACAGAUCUGAGGUACUUUAUCAUUUUUGAUUCAAGAUCAACCCUUUUUUAUUCAUUCAGGUAGUCUCUUGGAGGGCCACAGUGUGCCCAGAACUGUGCUGGGCACCAGAGACUCAGAUACAAGUGAUGAGGAUCCCUCUGGGUCCAUGGAGGAUUCAACACCGGCAGAUGCCACCCUCAAGUUGGAGAGAGGUCCAGAUGUUGACAGGCCUCCAGCCAGAGAGUGUGGGCUGCAUGGAGGACAAGAAUACCUUUUUUGUUUUUAGAGACAGAGUCUCACUGUUGCCCUCAGUAGAGUGCCUUGGCAUCACAGCAAUCUCCAGCUCUUAGGCUUAGGCAAUUCUCUUGCCUCAGGCUCCUGAGUAGCUGUUUGCAGUUUGGCCAGGGCCAGGUUCGAACCGCCACUCUUGGUAUAUGGGGCCGGUGCCCUACUCACCGAGCCACAGGUGCUGCCCAAGAGUGACUUUUGUGAUGGGCUUUUUAAAAGGAUGAGGAGCUGGGCACGGUGGCUUACACCUGUAAUCUCAGGUGGAAAGUGGAGUCAGGAGGAUUGCUUGAGCUCAGGAGUGCAAGACUUGUCUGAGCAAGAGUGAGACCCUGACCCAAAAGUAAAAAAACCUAGCGGGGCACUGCAAUGAGCACCUGUAAUCCCAGCAACUCGGGAGGCUGAGGCAACUGGAUGCCCACAACCCAAGUCUGAGGUUGCAGUGAGCUAUGAUGACACCACUGCACUCUGCUCAGGGUAUAGGGUGAGACUGUCUCAAAAAAAUUUUUUUGUUGGCUCGGCGCCUGUGGCUCAAGCAGCUAAGGCGCCAGCCACAUACACCUGAGCUGGCGGGUUCAAAUACAGCCCGGGCCUGCCAAACAACAAUGACGGCUGCAGCCAAAAAAUAGCCGUGUGUUGUGGCAGAUACCUGGUAAUCCCAGCUACUUGGGAGGCAGAGGCAGGAGAAUCGCUUGAGCCCAGGAGACGGAGGUUGCUGUGAGCUGUAAUGCCAUGGCACUCUACCCAGGGUGACAGCUUGAGGCUCUGUCUCAAAAAAAGAAAAAAAAAAUUUUUGUUGUUGUUGAGACAGAAUCUCACUUUGUCACCCUUGGUAAAAGGUGAAAGAUUUAUAUGAUCUGAAGAGAAACCAGAGUAUGAUUUUGUCACCCUAGGUAGAGGGCCGUAGCGUCAAGGCUCACAGCAACCUCAAACUCUUGGGCUCAAGUGAUAGAUACUCUUGCCUCAACCUCCCGAAUAGCUGGGACUACAGGCACUUGCCACAACGCCUGGCUAUUUUUCUUUUUAGAGAUGAGGUCUUGCUCUGGUUCAGGCUGGUUUUGAGUCUGUGAGCUGAGGCAAUCCAUACACCUCGGCCUCCCAGGUUCUGGGAUUACAGGCGUGAGUCACUGUGCCCGCUCCCCCACCCCCCAAAAAAAAAUAAAUAAAAGGAGGGACAUGUAGAUUAUGGGGUGUCCAUUCCAAGGAGUUUCCUGCAGCCCUUAAAGACUGAGGUCUGUGAAUGGAGGAGGCCAGAAGCCUGUGAGGGGCAGUGAUGUAAGCAAGGAACAAAGCUGUGUUGCAUGUGACCUAAUUGAAAGGUAGACCAGGCUCGGCGCCUGUGGCUCAAGCGGCUAAGGUGCCAGCCACAUACACCUGAGCUGGCAAGUUCCAAUCCAGCCCAGGCCUGCCAAACAACAAUGACAGCUGCAACCAAAAAAUAGCCAGGCGUUGUAGCGGGCGCCUGUAGUCCCAGCUACUUGGGAGGUGGAGGCAAGAGAAUUGCUUGAGCCCAGGAGUUGGAGGUUGCUGUGAGCUGUGAUGCCACGGCACUCUACCCAGGGCAACAGCUAGAGGCUCUGUCUCAAAAAAAAAAAAAAGGGGGGGGGUAGACCAACCAUGGACAUUUUUGUAGGGGACGUGGAACAUACAUCCAAUCCAGCUUUGGGGUUUUCUUUGGGGACCCACUGCCUCUCCCCUCUACUCCCUAUGCAUG